GACAACAGCAAUGUGUAUAAAAAAGGAAGAGAGGUUCGUCCUCAUCUUCAUCUCUUUUCAGCAACUGCCCAACACUCCUUCCGCACACUCUCGCUAAACACACCAUAAUGGUCCGUUUUACCACCCUUCUCCUGCUCGCGGCAGCUACCUUCUCCACCAUCUCUGCAAAGCCUUGCAAUGUCGCCGAUACAAAAUACGUGGGACAAAAAGCGGUUCUGAAGCAGGUUGCUGCCAGCCUUCCCAACCAGCCUGCGGCCGUAUUCCAGAUAUCGGGAACAGCAGAGAUUCUUGAUGGUUGUAACUUCAUUGUCAGGAAUUUCACUUUCCUCCCCGGUUACGCUGGUUCCGUAUGGUUGGGACGUAGGCCAGGCGACCAAAUGGCCAAGGGUGUGGCGGAAAAUGUCGUGGCUAGCAACAAUCUAGAUAGCCAAAAGUUCACCUUAAGAAGCGUGCCUGGAUCGGAAAUCAGCUUUGACGAGUUUGACACCCUCGUUCUCUUUUCUACCAUCGACAACUUUGAGAUGGCUACUGCUCAGUUCCCCGGAUUGGCGGCACCAAAUGCGACCUCCACAGGAUCCUCUCCAAGUGCAACCGAAGCGGCUAGUGGUAAAAGCAAAAGCUCCGCUUCCUCCGUCGGUGGGUCUGCUGUGAUUGUUGGCGCCGCCGCUGCCGCCGCAGCAUUCGCCGUUGGGUUGUAAGAGACAUUUGCCACGAAUAUAUAGUUCUGAAUCAAUAUUACUCCAUAGAUUAUUGUUGAUAGUCAAAAAUAUACAGAGAAAUGUUAAUAGUUAUCAGAUAAUAAGGAUGCCCCAUCAUUGCCAUAGUAACCAAAAC